CCUCCACAGUACCCGGAUGUGGGAGGCCGCGGGCGGUGGCGGCCUCGCGCACAAUGAGCCCCAGCCGCGCUAGCAAAGGGGGAGAUUGCACAACAGACAAGCGAAGCAGACUGGGGGAGGGGAACCUCAAGCGGCCAUGUGCUCAUUCGCUCCGCCACUCGGCGGCGUCUCCCCCGCCAUGGAACAAUCCGCAUCCCGCCCGCCCCCGUCGAGAAAUGGCGUCGCCCUCCCAUACCUCAGGCCGCUCACCCCCGAAGGAAAGUGGACCUGCCCAUCCGCAGUUUGCCAAUUGCCCGGCUUGUGCGGCAAAAUGGACCCGCCCGCCCGGCGCCGGGUGGGCUCCUGGUGCCUCACGCGGCCGCUCCUCCGGGUUAGGCUCUGUCCUGGCCGUCAAGAAAACCAGCACCCUGAACGGCCGGUUUCUUCUUCCCCGACCCACAUUCCAAGCGCGACGAAGGGACUCGCUGAAGACCCAGGAACCCCUGCUUGCCGCGAGUGGUACCGCCAGAAUUCUCCGGAACCCUCGCGCGCACGCCCUGCCCGACAUAGGGAGGCAACCAGACCAGCCGGCUCCGGGCCGCGCAGCCGCCUCCUCUUUUCCCACGUUAUGUCGCGACCUCAUCUUGCCUUUCAGUACCCGAACUUCGCGUACGCCACCCCCACAGGCCAAGGCCUCGUGACGAACACCGCGCCCUCCGCCCUAGCCAGGCCGUCCUUUCCCGUAUCCACACUGGUGUCAGCGUCGGCCAUGGGAUUUCCCCCCCCCUCCCAGGACGGUUCCUCCCGGUUCGAUUCUCCCGCAACCUGGUAGGUCUGGUGCGAAGGGCCUUUCAACUCCCCCCGGGCGGGGCCUUCGGAAGGGAGCUGUGGGGCCUGCUGUGGUUGAGAUAGUUGAUAGUGAAGAAGAAAGAAAGAAGAAAGUAAUAUCAGGGGCUGGUGAGAUGGCUCAGCGCGUAAGAGCACUGACUGCUCUUCCCAAGGUCCUGAGUUCAGAUCCCAGCAACCACAUGGUGGCACACAACCAUCCGUAAUGAGAUCUGAUGCCCUCUUCUGGUGUGUCUGAAGACAGCUACAGGUGGGUAUACAUGCCAGGAUUACAUGUGUGGAGGUCAGAGGGCAAGCUGAUUCGCUCCUUCCACCAUGUGAGUCCCAGGGAUCAAACUCAACUCUUCAGGGUUGGCAGCAUGUACCUUUACAUUUAUCUCAAGAUAUAUUAGAAGGUUAAGGUUUUUUUUUUUUUUUUUUUUUUUUGGCUUUUUGGCUUUUGUUUUGGUUUUGCUUCUACUGGAAGAAACAAGACUCAACAGGUCUCUGAGUAAUUCUAAGCACAAAAAUUAAAUCCUGACGCUUGGGCUGAGGUUGUAGUCCAAGGGUGCAUGACACAGCCUAUAGUUCUAGCUAUUCUCUGAAGGGGAGGUAGGGGCAUAGAAAGGCAGUGUUAGGUAACAGGAGGAAGACAUGUGUGUGUCAGAGCCAAUAGUCCUUUGUCACUGUUGAAAUUUCAUGGCCUUUCAUAACAAGGCAGAGAGACCUGUGGAAAUUCUUGAAUGCAUCCACAUCCGCUCCUGACCCAAUUUUUACCAUCACUUAAGCCCAAAACCCAAAUAUAAUCUUCCACUGAUCUCUCCAUCCCACAUGAAACCUGCCAGAAAUGUCUACAAGUUCUACCUUAAAUUAACCACCUUUCAUCUCUCCUUUUGGCCCUCCAGCCCACAUACUUCACCUGGACUAUUUUCUCCUUUUAUUUCAUCACUGAAUGGGGACGUCAAACUUGAAACACCGCUAGUCUGGUAGUGUAAAGGCACUUCCACCAAGCCUGACUUCAUGAGUUUGGGCUUUGGAACCCGUAUCACAGAAGGAAAGAACUGACUCUUACAAGUUGA